GACGACGACGACUUCUCGUCGCGCGCGCAGGUGAUGACGCUGAUGACGACGGACGUGGACCGCGUGAGCGAGUUCGCGUGGCAUUUGUUUAGUUUGAUCGACUCCCCCAUCGAGAUCGUCAUCGGCUCCUGGUUCCUCUACGACCUCCUCGGGCCCUCCUGCUUCGUGGGCCUCGCGGCGACGCUCGCGUUCCUGCCGAUGAACCAUUUCGCGGGGAAGAUCGUCGUCUCCGCGCAGGACAACCUGAUGCGCGCGCGCGACGAGCGCGUCGCGCUCAUGAACGAGGUGCUGGGCGCGAUCCGGAUGCUCAAAUUCAUGGCCUGGGAGCGCUCCUUCGAGGCGCGCGUGCUGCGUGUUCGGGAGAAGGAGCUCAAGUAUCAGAGGAUGAACUACGUGAUUGAGACCCUCUGGAACGCGAUCUGGAACGGCUCGCCGAUCCUCGUCACGCUCGUCGCCUUCUGGCACUACUCGGUGCUGCGGGGGCAGCCGCUGGGCCCGGCGACGGCGUUCACGAGUAUUAUGGUGUUCACGGAGAUGAAUUUCGCGCUGAACGCGCUGCCGGAGACGUUCAUCAACAUGCUGCAGUCGCUCGUGUCGCUCCGGCGUAUCGAGAAGUACCUGGGCGCGGCGGAGGUGAAGAAGUUGGAGGGGUUGGGGCCCUCCGCCCUCCCCGCGGAGCCUACGCCCAUCGAGCUCCGCUCGUGCACGCUCACCUGGCCGCAGGAGCGCGCCUCCACAUCGACUGGUCUUGAAGCUUCGACGACCUCCACCACUCUCCCGGGCCUCUCCACCCCGCGCCCCUCCUUCAUCCUGCAGGACGUCACCUUGUCUUUCCCUCCGGGCGCGCUGUCGCUUGUGUGCGGGAAGCUCGGGAGCGGGAAGACGCUGCUUUUGUUGGGCUUGCUGGGCGAGGCGGACGUGCUUGCAGGGCAACUGUCGUGCCCAAGGUCGCCGCCGGAUGCGCUGGCAGUGUUUGCGAAGGAGGCGGAGGAGAAGGGCUCUAUCGCGCCCGAAUCCUGGAUCGUGCCCGGUGUGUGCGCGUACGUGCCGCAGGCCGCCUGGCUCCGGAAUGCCUCCAUCAAGGACAACAUCCUCUUCAGCCUCCCCUACGACGAAGCGCGCUACACCGCCGUCCUCGACGCCUGCGCCCUGACCGCCGACCUCGACGUCCUCGAAGACGGCGACGCGGCCGAAAUUGGCGAGCGCGGCGUGAACCUCUCCGGCGGGCAGAAAGCGCGCGUCUCCCUCGCGCGCGCCGUCUACUCGCGCGCGGAGACGCUGCUCCUCGACGACGUGCUCUCCGCGGUCGACGCGCACACCGCGCAGCACCUCUUCGCGCGCUGCCUCCGCGGCCCGCUGAUGGACGGCCGCACCGUCGUGCUCGUCAGCCACCACGUGCAGCUGUGCGUGGGCGGCGGCGGGCGGGGCAGGCGCGGCGCGGAGUACGUGGUCGCGCUGGACAACGGGCGCGUGCGGUACGCGGGCGGCGUGGAGGGCUUCCGCGGCUCGGGCGUGAUGGCGGGGCUGGUGCAGGCGGUGGACGCGGUGGAGGAGGACGAGAAGGAGGAGCUGGCGAUUGAGGGGGGCUUUGAAGGCGCGGAUGAGGCGGGGCAGGGCGUGCGCCCGUCGGAGCUGAAGACGGCGCCGCAGCCGGCGCCUGCGGCCCCAGCCAAGGCAAGGAAGCCGCCCCGGAAGCUCGUCGAGGAGGAGAAGCGCGCUGUCGGCAGGAUUGGCAAGGAUAUCUGGCUCACGUACUUCAAAGCUUGCGGCGACAAGUGGUACUGGGCGUUCUUCGUCUUCGUCUUCGUUGUCUCUGCGCUCUCGCCGGUCGCUGAGAACGGCUGGCUGAGGUACUGGUCGGCGCAAGAGCUGACGCCGCCGAGCGAGCGCAAGAGCGCGGGGUACUACAUCGGCAUUUACGCCGCGGUCGCUCUUGCGGGUCUCGUUGUCACGACUCUCCGUUGGUUCAGCUUGUACGGCGGCUCCAUUCACGCCUCCCGCGUUCUCUAUAAGCGCCUUCUUGAGUCGGUCCUCUUCGCCAACAUUCGCUUCCACGAUACUGUCUCCCGCGGACGUGUGCUCAACCGGUUCGGGAAGGAUUUUGAGGGCAUUGACUCCUCGCUUUCGGACAACUUCGGACGCACGGCGAUGUACAGCUUGUCCACGGCGACGACAAUCAUCACGGUCAGCGUGGUCGGUGGACCGCCCUUCGUCGCCGCCGCGCUUGUUAUCGGGUUCUUCUACUACCAAGUUGGCAAGGUUUACGGUCAGACCUCCCGCGACAUGCGCCGCCUCGACUCGGUUACCCGCUCCCCGCUCUACUCGCUCUACGGCGAGACCAUCUCCGGCGUCACCAUCCUCCGCGCCUUCGGCGCCUCAACCAAGUUCAUGCGCGACAUGCUCCGCUGCGUCGACACGAACGCGAACCCGUACUACUGGAUGUGGGGCGUGAACCGCUGGCUCUCCGUGCGCUUCAACCUCCUCUCCUCCGCCGUCGUCGGCGUCACGGCCGUCGUCGUCAUGCUCACGCCGCGCAUCGACGCCGCGUUCGCCGGCUUCGCGCUCGCGUUCGCGAACAGCAUCACGGGCGACCUGCUCUUCAUGGUCCGCCGCUUCGUCGGGCUCGAGCAGAGCAUGGUCGCGCUCGAGCGCGUGAAGGAGUACUCGGAGCUGAAGCGCGAGGCACCCGAGUUCGUCGAGCCGCGCCCGCCGGCGGCGUGGCCGGAGCGCGGGGAGAUCAAUGUCGAGGACUUGGUGAUCCAGUAUGCGCCGGAGCUGCCGCCGGUGCUGCAUGGGUUGACGUUCUCGGUCAAGCCGGGCGAGAAGGUUGCGGUGCUCGGAAGGACGGGCUCCGGCAAGAGUACGCUUGCGUUGAGCUUCUUCAGGUUUGUGGAAGCGACGCAGGGCAAGAUCUUCAUCGAUGGGCUCGACAUUGCGAAGGUCGGGCUGACGGACCUGAGGAGUCGCUUGACCAUCAUCCCUCAGGACCCAACGAUCUUAAGCGGUACCUUGCGUUCGACUUUGGACGUCUUCGAGGAAUACGAGGACGCCGAAAUCUACGAAGCCCUUCGUCGCGUACACUUGAUCCCCUCGGAGAAUUCCUCGGAGCCAAUCCCAGGGGACAUCAACGUGAACGUCUUCCGCAACCUCGACGGUGUUGUCUCGGAGGGCGGCGAAAACUUCUCGACUGGCGAGAAACAACUCCUUUGCAUGGCCCGGGCUAUCCUUAAGCGCUCCAAGGUGCUUUUCAUGGACGAGGCGACGGCGAGUGUUGACUAUGCCACCGACGAGCUCAUCGGAAAAACGAUUCGACAAGAAUUCGCCGAUAGCACGAUACUGACGAUUGCGCAUCGCUUGAGGACCGUGAUCGAUUACGACCGGGUCAUGCUGCUCGACAACGGGCGUAUUGCAGAGUUCGACAGCCCGGCCACCCUUCUGCGCGAUACCUCGUCGAAGUUCUACUCACUGUGCAAGGCGACGGGCAAGGAGGAAUUCGCGAUGUUGAAAAAGCUUGCUGGCGCAUGAGAUGGCGCUACGAGCUGGAAGGUACCCUCUUAGAACGGAUUGAUCUACUUACAUGCUUGUUUGGUACACGUGCAGUGCUUAUAGACGUUGUCCAAUAGACCCCGAAAGCGUGGAUGCCACGGUGGUCAGCGGGCUUGUUUAUCACUC